GGUAGUACUAGGAGCUUCUGCUACCUAGUUAUUUCAAGCAGAAUGUUUCACACCAGGCUUGCUUGACCCUACAGGCUAUUGUAGCUAUGAUCAGGCCCAUGGAGCAUGCACAGCACAUGGGGAAGCGCCCGCGCGGCAGCGCGAUUGAUUGAGCACGUAUCAAACGCAGGAUGCCAAUGCCUAACUUGAAUGGCAUUGGCAGUGGAUUCACAAGCUGAUUGAAGAACUCCCUUUGUAUAAUAUCUGGCACCAUGGCCGGAUACGGGGCUGCUUAUGAUGGGGAUGGCGGUGGUGGGUACGGGGGCCGGGACGCAGGGUAUGGCGGGGGAGGCGGCGGUUUUGGCGGUGCUCGCGGUGGGGGAGGCUUUCGCGGCGGCGGCGGCGGGCGCAGCGAGGGGCGUGAUGGGGACUGGAUCUGCCCUAACCCCAGUUGUGGCAACAACAACUUUGCCAAGCGCACAGAGUGCAACCGCUGCGGCACUCCCAGGCCCGCUGGCGGAGCAGCGCCUGCUACUGGGGGCUAUGAGGGAGGGGGAGGCUAUGCGGGGGCCCGCGAGAGUGGCUACAACGACCGGGGAGGGGGCGGCUUCCGCUCCGGGGGAGGCGACUGGAGCCGGCCACCGGAGAGUAGAGAGGGGGGCGGGGGCUACGGCGGGCGAGACAGCCGGGGGUCAGGUGGCUUUGGGGGAGGGGGCAGCCAUGGGGGCGGGGACGGGGGGGACGACUCGGGGCCGGCGGUGAAGCAGUGCGAUGACAAGUGUGGCGACAGCUGCGACAACGCGCGCAUCUACAUCUCUGGCCUUCCAGACAACACCACAGAAGACGAGAUUCGGGAGCUUUUUAGCGGAAUCGGCCAGAUUGGACGCAUUCGGCAGAAGCGCGGUUACAAGGACCAGUGGCCGUGGAACAUCAAGAUCUACACUGACGACGCAGGCAAGCAGAAGGGUGAUGGCGUGCUCACUUACGAGGAUCCUGCGGCCGCGCACUCAGCAGGGGGCUUCUUUAACGGGCACUCUUUGCGUGGGUCCAAGCUCACCGUCACCAUGGCGCAAAAGUCAGCACCGAAGCCACCAUCUGCAUAUGGGGGCCGCGGGGGCCGAGGAGGUGGUCGAUUUGGAGGAGGUGGUCGGGGUGGGGGCGGUUAUGGUGGCGGCUAUGGCGGAGGCUAUGGCGGAGGAGGAGGGUAUGGAGCAGAUCGUGGAGGGGACAGACGAGAUUCACGGUCUCGUCCCUACUAGAUCAUGUUGUUUGUUAUCUAAAGAUCAUUGGAACUUGAAGCUGCAAGUCUCACGAGUAAAUCCAAUUGUUGAAGCAAGUCGUGUGUUUGUCCUGUUUUAUUCAACAAGGACUCAAUCCAUA